UAUUUCUAUGCUGCUAUUUUAAAUGAUCCCCUUUUGAUUAGCAAAUAUUAAACUAUCAUUAUCUGUAUAGGACAUACUUUGGGGGAAAACAAAUAGCAUUCAUGCAUGCAUGAUGUAUCAUUCCUUUUUAAUCACAUGAGUUGAUCAACCAGAGGUAAUCUUUACUCGCUGAAUGGACUUUGUGACCUAGAGAUUCUUUUUUAUCAGGGUGCAAAAAAAGUUACUGACGGAAUGGGGAAGUUGGUCCUAAAAAUGAUCAGGGGUUGAUCAAAAGUCUGACUAAUAAGUGUUGUAAUGCUGAGCAGACUUGACAGAAUUAGAGGUUUAAUAAUUAGUGAGAUACACAUGUAGAGGGAAGACUUGCUAGAAAAAGGCUGCCAGGAACGGGUGACGUUACAAAAGGCAUCCUCGCUAUCGGUUACAUCAGGUGAACAAGAAGACUCUUGCUUUGUUUCACCCGGUUUGACGAUUCCCUGUUGAAUUCCUAUCGCCGUUGACCUGUCAAGCAGGCAGGGCUGUUGACGUUGGAGAAAAGGAACUCGAGUCAUACAAAGCGGGUGCUCAGGUGGAAAGAAAAGGCUGAACUUUGAAUUGAAAAGACCGACUUUCAUACAUUCCCAAAACAUUUUUUGUAUAUAUUGUGCUUGUGAUUUGAGUUCAGCAAGUUCCCUGUUGCAGUACAACUGAACAAGCUGUGUGGGAAAUUCAUAUGAAAUCACUGGGUUGGAACUCUCACAGUUUUCAAAGUUUGUUUUUGAAACCGGCAGGCACAUCAUUUUUCAGUGAGUGGACUACUUGAUUUAGCAGUUUUGAGGACAAACUUGAUCUUUUUAAGUGUUGAAUGCCUGUAUGAAACUCACAUAUCAACAGCACUGGGGUAUUAUCAAAGUGGAUGAGGAUUGCAAAUCGUGGAAAACAAACAGGACUUUGGAAUCGAUUGUCAGGGAUUUGAAAUAAACUCAGAACAUGUUUUCGUUCAGUUCGAAACUACAUGUAUAGCACAGGGAAGGCACUGUUUUCAUUUCUAUCGUGAAGGUAAUAAAUAGAGGAACUUCAGAUAUCACUUUGGUGUGGACAUGACUUUGGGAAGCAUGGCAGAUGAACAACAAGAUAUAUCUGGAAAGAUUCAAAGGUUUGAAAGGGCUUCAAGGAAAUCAGAAAAAAGAGUUCCAGAGGGGAAAGCCAAGUGGAAAGAUGCAAAUGACAAUAUCACCUGGGAACAAGAAACAAAGCAGGAAAGCAUUGGGAAAAAGAUACAAGAAAUGGAAGCUCGUCUUGGAUGCAUUGAUGAGGAAAAAAGCCCCAAAGACAUUGAGAAACCCAGAAGUCCUGGCGGAGUUUCAGAAAUUAAACAUGCAAAAUCAUUUUCAAAUGAGAAUCUUAUGGUAGUUGGAAGCCCUGAACUCCGGAGAAAACUGUCCAGCCAUUUCCUCAGAAAAUCCUCGGCUCCUAGUUUGUUGGGAAGUGUUCCUGAUGAAAGUAGGAAUUCAAAGCUACAUGUACAACAUGCCAGAGACGAUGUGCCUCUUGUAUUUGUGUUCCCAAGUGAAAAGACCAAAGAAACUGAAGAUGGACAGCAUGGAGAGAAAGAAGGAGAUAAAGAAGGGGAGGAAGUGGAAGGAGGACAGAGCAGUGGAAAGGAAGAAGGAAAAGGAAGGUCAAGUAGGUUUGCCCGUUCUGUCAGGCGGGUGAAGAGCAUGAGAUUUUCAAGACGAGAAAAGAAAAGCCAUGACACAGAGGCUAACAAAGGGAAUAAUGAAGAUUCAGUGAAUGGGGAAGUUAAAGGGAUUGAAGACCAAGACAAAAGCCAAGUUAGUGUUAUUGUUAGCACAUCUCCAAGUGAAAACCCAGCCAACAAGGAAAUGGUCAGAGAACUAUCAAGCUUUAAAUUUUCAGGGCCAAGGCCCACAGAUGAACAUGGUCUUAGAAAGAGCAAAUCAGACCCAGCUUGUCCAGAUAUAUCCUUCAUGGCUUCCACCAACAAGCCAGCAGAUGUUGGCGAGGGAAAGAAGGUUUUCGCUGCCUUGAGACCUAAUAAUCGGCGGAACCCUAAAACCAUUCUCCCCUCGCCACCCACCAUGCCUUCGAGCCCACGCCAGGCAACAAACAGCAUUCAUGAAUAUGACCUGAUCAGUAUGGCGGAUAGCGGCUUCCCGGGUGUUCCAGCAACAAAAAGCGAUACAGAACAGGAUAAAGAACCCUUGAACACCACGAUAAUCAAGAAGGAAACUCCAGUGUAUGCCACCCUCUGCCCAUCAGAUGAGGAAGACGAGAGCAGCUCUGACGCAGAUCCUGCCAACCUCACGAACACCAAGUUCAACGACACCGCUCUUCCUGCACAACUUGCCAUGAACAAAAAAUUUGCCGAUCAUGUCUAUGAAGAUAUCGACAAGGUGAUGACAAAUGUUAAGAAACUCCAAGCAACCGUUAUAGGAGCCUAUCAAGUUUCGGAUCUUGCACAUCGAGAUAUAGAAACGGUUAAGCCUGUGGUUUAUGAUGAACCCCAGGCAAGUGGCAUUGACUCAUCUAAAUCAAUAUCUCCAUCGUACACACCGAGCAGGGAGAACUCCUGGAAUUCUGGCGGGGAUGGAGUGGUCAAGAAUCCUGCUGUCUCCCGCAACAACUGGGCCCAUCGGCUCCCAUCUGACAGUACCCCACAGAGCUAUGACGUACCCCAGACGGGUCCAACGGGAUCGCAGAAGUCCCUUCUUGGAUCAGAGAGAGGGGGGAGUACGCCUCAUAGUCCAACGACAGCUGUCCCUCCCCAAGAUGAUCAGAAUGUACCCCGUGGUUGGAGAAUGGAACAGACCAUAACAAGAGAUCCUGUUUUCAUCAAUGAGGUUACAUCAGAAAAGUGGUAUAAAGCAGUCCCAACUGAUGGGGAGCCUUACUAUUACAGUGAAGACAGGUCGCAAACACGGUGGGAUUUACCGGCAGUUGCCUCGUCUCCUCGUCAUCGAAUGGUAUCGGACGGAGUGGGUCGAGGAGAUGACCCGAAGGUUCCAAGUCAACAGCUCCGAGCAGGGAAAAUUUCACAAGGGCGCCCUCAUUCUUUUCACCCUCACUUACGGUCUUCCAGCCCGAGCCUCCCUUCCGAGAGCCGCUUAUUUGACAAAGAAGAAAUUAAGAGAAAAUUUAAUAAUAGGAUAAGUGUUUACGGCAACCCGAGUCCCUACGAUAUGGAGGUGAGGGAGAAAGAAGGCAUGCUGACGAUGAUGCUGAUGAAAGAUAGAGGGCGCCAGAAGAAAGGUCGGCCUGGGUACGCAGUCCUGGCAGGUUCACAACUCAAAUACUACAAGGAUCACAAGAACUUUGAGCGGGAUGCAAGCAACCCUGAAGUGAGCCUGAACUUAUGGAGAACAGAGGUUGGUUGGACAAGAAGCAGAACGCCAGGAAAGAAGCUAAUCUUUGAGUUGUCUACUGAUCAAGGUAUAUACCUAGUGCAAGGUGAAGAUGAGACAACAAGCCAGUCCUGGUAUGAAGCCAUUAAAGGAGCAGUAGCAGGUCGAACGGGGACAUCAACCAGUCCUGAUGAUAAUGAUGAUAACCUUUCACCUCUCACACCCAGCCCUGGAUUCUCUCCACCUAGCAAUGAUGUCCAUGCCAUGAAGAAGAACAACAGCAAAAUCAGAGGCAAACUCAAGAUUUUCUUCAACUCCAGACCCGAUAAGGAUGACCUCAGACGAAAGGGCAUCUUACAAGAGGAGAAUGUGUUUGGGAAGGACAUCAGGAAGCUGUGUGAGAAGGAGAGAUCUACUGUGCCGAACUUUGUCAACCAAUGCAUCAAGUAUAUCGACAGGAGAGGACUGGAGUGUGAUGGGAUAUACAGGGUCAGUGGGAAUCUAUCUCUCAUACAGAAAUUAAGAUUCCAAGUUGAUCAAGAGAAACCAGUAGAUCUAGACUCAACGCCAUGGAAAGAUGACAUUCAUGUUAUAACCGGCGCUCUCAAGCUCUACUUCAGGGAACUCCCCGAGCCUCUGUUCACCUUUAGUACAUUUGACAAGUUUAUUGCAUCAAUAACUCAAAUACCUAUUCUAGAUCAGAAGAUCCUGGCAUUCCGAGCCCUGUUUAGUGAGAUGCCUCGGGUAAAUCAAGAUACAAUCUUCACACUCUUCUCACAUCUCAAAAGGGUGAUGGAUAAUGUCCAGCACAACCGUAUGCCGGCCAAGAAUCUGGCGACGGUCUUCGGCCCGACCCUGAUGUGGCCCGAGAGAGAGAGUAUGAACAUGACCAUGGCUACCGUCUAUCAGAACCAAGUCAUGGAGUUUGUCUUAUUAGAGUUUGACAAUAUCUUUCGGUCAUGAGCUAUAACCCCAUAGACAUUGUUUUAUAGAACUGCACAGAAAACAGCAGGUGGGACUGCAACUAAGAGUCUGGCUAAACCUGGGCAUUGGACUACAGCAACAUUUGCUCAACUUCUGUCUCUCUCUGUACCUGAAGAUGUGUGUUAAAAUGAUCUUUAAAAAUAUGAAUCAAGUUGCUCACAUAUCAUCACACACUUGAUGAGAUAUGCAAGAGUUAUUUGGAAAUGUUAUCACCAUGUGUAUCAUGUUUGCAAAGUGACAUUAUCAGCUUUGUGACUUCAUGUGUUACCAAGUAAGCCCAAACCAUUUCAGAGAUGUUUGAGCAUCAUUAUGUAACAUUAUUCUUUGGCAUGGAAGUGUCUUUGAUGGAUAAUUCCAGAUCUUCCUCGAACCAGACAACUCACAUGAAGUAUAGCUGAGGCAGGACAAAAAGAUGACAUUGCCCAUGUAUCUGCAAGACAGAACUUCUAUUAAGUGUGCACAAAAGUGAAUGUAUGAUAAUACAUCCAUUUCAAUCGUCGAGGCUUUUGUAUGGUUAUAGAAUGUAUGUUUAUAGAAGGAGACCAAUUUACAGCAGCUUUUCAUGAAAUCAUGGAUUGGCUUUUGAUGGCUUUACUUACACAAAGCAUUCCGAUCUGUCCGUUCAUGACUGUUAUUUGCAAUGAUGGAUAUUGUUGAUGAAGUAUGAGAUCUGAUCACCACGCAUGGUCCAGAGAGCGGUUAGAACGCCUACAUCAAAGAAUGAAAGACCUUGUGUACAUCACUAGGAUAGCAUCUGGUUACCAGGUCCCACAUAGACCAUAGCAUGGUCCUGAGAGCGAAUGGAACGCAUAACUCUCAACGAAAGAAAUGCCUCGUGAACAUCCCUUAGAUGGCAUCUGGUUACCAGGGCUCACAUAGAUCAUAGCAUGGUCCGGAGAGCGAGUGGAACGCCUCACUGUCAACGAAAGAAAGACCUUGCGAACAUCCCUUUGAUGGCGUCUGGUUACCAGGUCUCACAUAGAUCAUUGCAUGGUCCUGAGAGCGAAUGGAACGCCUGUCAAUAAAAGAAAGAGCUUGCGAACAUCCCUUUGAUGGCGUCUGGGUACCAGGUCUCACAUAGAUCAUAGUAUGGUCCGGAGAGCGAGUGGAACGCCUAACUGUCAAUAAAAGAAAGACCUUGGGAACAUCCCUUAGAUGGCGUCCGGUUACCAGGGCUCACAUAGAUCAUAGCAUGGUCCUGAGAGCGAAUGGAACGCCUAAUUAUCAACGAAAGA